AUGUCAAGUAAUGUGGGACGGUAUGCAUCCGGUUAUUCAGCCGGGCAAGCCUUGAAAGGGCAGGAGAAGAAGAUGAAGAUCCUUCCCGAUAAACCGGAACAAGUCGCCAACACAAAGCGCAACGCUGAGACGCCGCUGACAGGUCUUGCCAAAUCAGCACGAACAGACAUCAAGCACAACCCUUCACAGGUAGACAACCCCCUCUUUGAUGUGGGAUCUUCACCGUUUCAAGCUGUUUCUACCCGGGGAUUUAUCAGCAACCGAGUCGUCUCGGAGAGCCAGGCAGCGUUGGGCGACUACAUUGGAAAGCAGCGUUCUGAAGGCCUGCCUGCAGAGCAAUCGUUCUUGUCUGAGCUCACCUCCAGACAGACCAGCAGACAUGUAGUCCAUCCAGGAUCGUCACCAUACCAGGCGUCCUCACCUAACGAUGUUAACGUGUUUAUCAGCAGGAGAGUGGUGUUGGAAAGCGACGCUGCACUGGACGACUUUCUUGCAGAGAGGGGCUUUAUGAAGAAAGCCACCAAGCAAAAAGUAAACGAUGACGAAAGCGCUGUCACAUGUGUCGACAAAUCCAGAUUACAUGCAACGCACGCCGCCCCUGCGCUAGUCAUCCGAACAAGGAAUGCGAAGGCAACUGUGGUAUAUAGCGACGAUGAGAUCUUAUUAUUGCCAGAGGAUGGGAACAUAUUUUAUGCCUCGGCAACUACAGCCACGACACCAGAGUCAGAUGAACACUUGAUCAGGAAGCCGAGUCGGAAAGCUGCCACUCCUUCGAACCGUUCUCAUUGUUCGGGAUGGACUGCGAUUAACCACAGCCGCGAGCUGAGGUGGGAGGACACGAGUGUCCGCAAGAAGGCUGCAGCCCUCAUACAGAGACCGAAGCGAGCCGUAGAAGCAGGCAACGGGGUUGUCUGGGAUUCCAUGAUUGACCCCCUCUGGCGACUAGACACCGGUCUGGUUUUUGCAGCCGGCCGCCGACGAAAGGCGCAAGAGAAGGCUGAGCAGGAGAGUAUCGAAGCGAUGCUGUCAAGUGCCAAGUCGGAGACGAAGGUGAUCAAACGCAAGGCGGUCGCCAAAACUUCUGAAAGUACUGUAGCUGAGCUGGAGGCUCAGGAGACGCCAUUGUGGGAGGAUGUUUUGACAGUUGGAUCGGAAGAUGAGCUCUUCAAGAUUGGGCCGCCGCCGUUGCCGUUAGAGGAUCCGAAGGCUGUGCCAAAGCCCGAGGACAUCACUCCUUACGGCUUCCCGGAAGCAGUGUCAGAUCCCGAGCUUUGGAGUGGGGACGAUGAUGAGUAUUGGGAAGGAGACGACGAAGAGCAAUGGUGGGAGGAGGAAGACUACGUUGAAAAUGUCUGUGAUGCUGGAGAAAUCCCGGAGUUGCAGUGA